AUGGCUGACUCAAUCAACCCCCCUCUAUCCUACGAGGCAUCUGCCACGACCACUCACCCUCAUGAGGCAACUUGCUUGCCCUCGGAGGUCGUUGCCUGCCUGAAGAACUCCCGCUUCCUUCACCUGGCAACAUGCGAUGAGAAGCUCACUCCUCAUAUCUCCCUCAUGUCCUACACCUACCUGCCCUCCACCCCAUUCGAUCCCUACCCAACCAUCAUCAUGACCACCAACCCCGCAUCCCGCAAGACCAACCACCUUCUCUCGAACCCUCGUCUCUCCCUCCUAGUCCACGACUGGGUCUCCCACCGCCCACCAACCCGGGCGCCAAACCCUCAGGGUGGACGCGACGGAUCUCCCCCACCCGCCGCCACCCGCUCAUCACUGGCAAGCCUACUUCUCAACUUAAACACCAGUGCUCUCUCCAGCAUCUCCACUACUAUCACUGGGGAGGCGCGCUUCUUGGAGCCUGGCUCGGAAGAAGAGGCUUGGUGCAAGGAGCGCCAUCUGGAGAACAACACCUUUGAGGAGGAGGAAAUGACUCUGUUUGGACAGCAGCAGCGAGUGGAUCCGACCGUGCGUCGACCCAGUAUCUCGAUUGAUAGUGAUGUGCGCGUGGUUACGGUCCAGGUGCGCGAGGGCCGUAUUGCGGACUGGAAGGGUGGUGUCCGGGAUUGGAUCUUGCUUCCUCCAGCGGAUGCCCAGGAGGGCCUGGUUAAUGGGAUUUCUUCAUAA